CGCACUGCCAUCGCACACGCAUCGGCGAGCACACACUGGGCUCAAGCGUCUGGGUGACCCCCGGAACAGGCCCCAGUUGUACUCGAAACGUUCAAGCAACCGGUCGGCUUUUACGGCUAGUGUCAUCGAAGUGUGCCGCAAGCAUUUGUUGUUGGUGUCUGCGAAUCUGUUUGUUAUUCGGGUGUGAGGAAUUGCUUCCGUAAUAGGACCACCGAGCUCAACCGACCGAGUGUACCAGCGUCCCAACUUCAACCCGUAGAAUUUGUAGAACGAAACCAAAAUCAAAACAAAACAAAAAUGGCCAUUGCUCGAUUGUCCAUUGUUAAAUUCCUGGAGUUGGCACUCGCCAUCACCUGUGUGAUCCUACACUACAAAAGCCUGGGUGAGCGAGAUGACAUCACCAAGCUCCUAGUGGCUGGCACAUUCGUCGGGUACAGUGUGAUCCUUAUCGCCCUGUUCGCCGGUUACUUGCUGAGCAAUCCCGUCAAUAAGAAACUGGACCUGUUCUUCAGCCUGAUCGGAUGUGCGAUGUUCAUCGCCUCCGGUGUGCUGAUUCUGAAGGAGUGGGAAAAUAGCUGGAGCUCCGACACGAAGAAGAUCGCCAACUUCAAGGGUUCGCUCGCGAUCACCAACGGUUUGCUGUUCUUCUUCGACGCCAUCUUCACGCUGCGCGACUAAAUCGCGGUCGCCAUCUACAAAAACUUUUCCCGCCUUCUAAUGUGCUAUGAUAAGAGUUGCGUUUUUUAGUUUUGUUUCGGUUAUUUGUUUUAAUGUACGUAACCCUCAUCAAUUGAUACGCAAUUGUUAAACGCAUCCACCGGAAGUUAUGGAUACGCAAAUAUGUCUACCACUGGAGAGUGACACCAUUUCACACAUCAUUACUGGAACAACAAAAACGAUUUGCGAUAAGAAUGUUUUUAACUCAUCCACAAUUUGCCACAUUUGAUCAAGAUCAAACAGAAACCCGCGACUUCCCAAUCAAUCCAAAGAACGUGCCACGUAACUUUCGCAACAGAUGGCGCUACAGUACGCAUUGAAAGCGCUCUGUGCAUAUCGCUCGGCAAACUUUCAGGUGCAUCACACAUUGCGUGCAAUGUAGAUUCGCAUCGGAAAUGUUUGCACACAAUAACAACGACACGUCUAGAGGUGCGCCAGUCGUCGUGAUUCAUUUAUCUUUUGAUUUUUUGAGGGAGAUACCCUCCUUUUGAGGGAGAUACCUACCUUUUAUUUGUAUUUGUGAUCUAAAUUUUGUCUCGUUUGCUAUCACACGCUAAAUUAUCACAUUUCCUAAUCAAGAGACGACAGUCGAUGAAUCUCGCAAAAUUACCUGUCUGAAGAUUGCACGGACAUCAGCUUUGUGUCUGCUUUCAGCUUUCUCUACACGGUAGGUACGCGGUCCAAUAUCGCUACACACACUACUGCAACGAUUAUACGCAUUACCUCUAAAAUAUGAUAUUAUAUCUACGUUUUGAGUAUGUACUCUUUUGAUAUAUGUGUAUGCAAAAUAAAACUAAAUGUACAAAAAAAAA